AUGUCAUUUUCACCCGGUGUCCUCGGUCAAUCUACAGUACCCCAUCCAAAAUUCCCUCCUACAGUAAUCCCAAUCGAUGAUCUAUCAUCGGAGAGUGCUGUAGGACAAGAGGAACGGGUCUUGCGACGAAAAUUGGCGAGUUUGUAUCGAUUGGUGGAUUUGUUCAAUUGGAGUCAGAGUAUUUAUAAUCAUAUUACGGUAGGUGCUAUACUUGGACAUGGUUCGAAAAAAACCGAGCGAAACUGGUUUUUUUGGUUCGCUCAAAUUUUGGUUUAUGGUUCGCUCAUUUGAAAUGGUUUGGUUAGGCGCAGGCUUUCAGACUGCGCCUAUUUGGGCUUGGGAUAGUUUUUCGAAAUUUUUGUUCGGGUCAACGCUUUUCCAGUUUGAUCUACACCCCAAAUGAGGAAAACCUAUCAUGGGAUUUUUUCUGAAAUUGCCUCUGACUUACGCUAACUCGCCGAGAAGUCAAAAAAGACCCUUCGCAUGUACCACCGUAAAGCAAUUUGUACUUCAUGAAAUUUCAAGCUCUUUUUUUUAAAAGAUAGAUAAUGUGAAUACCUCGAGGUGUUUUUCGAGUUACGUCAAUUUGUGAUAUCUGCGUCGAAUGCGGGACCAUUGAAAAAAUGACGAUUUUUGAACGCAAGUUUCUACUUUAGGUUGUCAUAAUUUUGAAAAUCACUUGAUUCAGUAAAACGCAGCACAUAAUUUCGCGUUUUUCAAAAAAAAAAGACAUUGUAAAUUGAUGAAGGAGAAGCUGAAAAUUUUUAAUUUUAGUUUUUUCGAUUUUUUGAAACUCCACGGAACCGUAAUUUGGUUCAAAAUGAACGUAGCGAAAUGAUUUUUUUUUUCAAAAUGUAGCGUUUGGCGUGUAGAAAAUGAACGAAAAAUACUAGAAGUCGCAUAUCCACUUUUAGGAUGAGUUAUGAUAUGAUAUGACAUCUGGAGGAUAAUUUGAAAUUUAAAAAAUCGGCUUUUCCGAGAAAACCAGGCCUGCAACCUAUUAUUUUGACAAUAAAAUAUGAAAGAGCACCUAAAAAUACCCCUUAGGACACUUUUACAAAAAAAUUGUUCGACUGGAUUUUUUGGAAUUCGAGGUAGAUUCUUUUGACAUCUAUAUUGCCGAGAAAAGUCCGUUUCAAAGGCAUUUUAGUGUUGUUUCGAUAUAACCAGUGUCUUCAGAAUCGAAAAAUAGACCGAAAAUCUUUUUCCCGCGUCGAAAAAGCUCAAGUUACAGAAAUUUUCAGCCGCGCAAGCUUUUGCGCAAUCAAGAAAUAAUAGGUUUGUCAUAACGCAUGGCUUUGUCCCAUCUGGCAGGUUGAGCAACGUUGACACUGGUUAGUCUCGAGUUCGACCCCUGCCGAGUGAAAAUUUUUUGAAAGUUUUGGAAAAUUAUGAGACUGUUUUGGAAACAUGUUUUUUUGUUAGUUUCCGAUGUUUAACCAUCCUGGAUUUUAGUAAGAUCUUCGAAGCAUCAGAAAGAUCGAUUUUUUUGAAAAAUCUCAAAACUUGAUGAAAAUUCGAAAUUUUUCAUUUUUACACGGAAAUCAUUGAAUUUUUCAUUUUUAAUCAUCCUGGACUUCAGCAAGAUCUUCGGAGCAUCAGAAAGAUCGAAUUUUUUGAAAAAUCUCAAAUUUUGUUAAAAAUCAUAAGAAAAAAGACUACAUUGGAAACAAAUUUUCUAUGGUUUUCUGAGUUCUGAAACUUCAGUAAGACCUUCGGAAAUCUGAAGGUAUUACUGAAAACAUUUAAUCAUUUUUACAUCUCAAAACUUCUUGAAAUUCAUAAGAUAACUCGAAAAGUAUUAUUUUCAUAUAAAAAUCUAUGCAUUUUUUAUUUUCAUCGUCCCGAACUUUACUGAGACCUUCAGAAUAUCUGAAAGUGAAUUUUAUAAAAAUUUCUAAAGCUCUUUAAACAUUAGGACGGAACUCAAAAUGUCUCCUUAACUUGAAAUCGACGACGUUGUUAUAAUUCUGACCAUCUUGAUCUCUCAAUUUUUCAUCAUAAUCAAUUUCUAACUUUUUCCCAAAAAUUAUUUUAAACCGGGCUUGUGGCCAUUCUUAUGGCCACAAUAGAAUGUAUUUGGGCUUGGAGAUAUUUUAUAACCUGAACUCUAGACGAGAAUAGAAAUUCCAAGCUUGUCAAAUUUUAAUUUUUUGCUCAAAUACCCGCGAUUCAAGAAAUUAAUUUUGUAGUCCUCUCAAUUCAGCAAACUAUCAGAGUUAUGUUUUCGAAUCGCGGGUAUUUGAGCAAAAAAUUAAAAUUUGACAAGCUUGGAAUUUCUAUUCUCGUCUAGAGUUCAGGUUAUAAAAUAUCUCCAAGCCCAAAUACAUUCUAUUGUGGCCAUAAGAAUGGCCACAAGCCCGGUUUAAAAUAAUUUUUGGGAAAAAGUUAGAAAUUGAUUAUGAUGAAAAAUUGAGAGAUCAAGAUGGUCAGAAUUAUAACAACGUCGUCGAUUUCAAGUUAAGGAGACAUUUUGAGUUCCGUCUUAAUGUUUAAAGAGCUUUAGGAAUUUUUAUAAAAUUCACUUUCAGAUAUUCUGAAUUUGGUUUUGGUUUUUGGUUCGCUCACUCAUUUCAAACUGGUUCGAACCGGUUUUCGAUCAAAUGGUUUUUGGAUUUCUGGCUCCUGGGUGUCCGGAGUUGAUGAAUUUCGGGGUUUUCGGGUAUGGGGAUUACUGUAGUGAACUUCUUUUCAUGUAAAAGUCGUUCUUAAAGGCACAUACCCACCAAAAAAAUGUUUUUUGAAAAUGAGGUAUUUUGGGACGGGGAACAUUUUGGUAAGGUAUACGGUCGGGAACAGACUUUUAAAGGCGCAUGCCAAGCUCUUACCCAUUUUCCGAGAUAUUUUUUUCAAACUAUCAUAACUUUUUUGUUUUUGAAGCUUUUUUAAAAUUUCGACAACCAUUUUGACGGUCUUGAGGUGGGCUAAAUUUUUUGUGUUGACACCAACUACCGUAUUACGCUCCUAGGAGGUGAAAAACACGGGUUUUCUCUCAAAAAUGUCAUUUUUUAAUGUAAAUUCGAACAAAACCGUGUCAUUUUUUAUGUAAACUUGAACAAAACCGUGUUUUUCACCUCCUAGGAGCGUAAUACGGUAGUUGGUGUCAACACAAAAAAUUUAGUCCACCUCAAGACCGUCAAAAUGGUUGUCGAAAUUUUAAAAAAGCUUCAAAAACAAAAAAGUUAUGAUAGUUUGAAAAAAAUAUCUCGGAAAAUGGGUAAGAGCUUGGCAUGCGCCUUUAAAAGUCUGUUCCCGACCGUAUACCUUACCAAAAUGUUCCCCGUCCCAAAAUACCUCAUUUUCAAAAAAACAUUUUUUUGGUGGGUAUGUGCCUUUAAGAGUGACUUUUACAUGAAAAGAAGUUCACUACAGUAAUCCCCAUACCCGAAAACCCCGAAAUUCAUCAACUCCUGACACCCAGGAGCCAGAAAACCAAAAACCAUUUGAUCGAAAACCGGUUCGAACCAGUUUGAAAUGAGUGAGCGAACCAAAAACCAAAACCAAACCAAACCAUUUCAAAUGAGCGAACCAUAAACCAAAAUUUGAGCGAACCAAAAAAACUGGUUUCGCUCAAACCAUUUGAAAAACCGCUCAUGUCUGAGUAUAGUAGGUGCGGAAUUUUUUGGCGGGAAAAAUUCAAAUUCAAAUUAAUUUCAGGUCAGAAUUCCUGCUGAAGACGAUGAGAUUCUGAUAAAUCCCUAUGGACUAUUCUACAACGAAGUUACGGCAAGUAAUUUGAUCAAGGGUGAGUUUUUGGCGCCAAAAAUUGAUCUACAGUAGUCUUUCAGGUGAAAAUUCAAAAUUCUCACUGAAAAACUUCAUUUUUCACCUAAAAAUCCUAAAUUUUCACCUAAAAAUCCUAAUUUUUGAAAACCCUGCCGCAAAAUUGCAGGAAAACCAUGCGACAGGUUGCAAAUUGCACCGCCUUUCAUUUUUGCUCGAAAUUCUCGGUUUUUCCUCGUUUUUGUGGUAAAAGGCCCAGAUUUUGAUGAGUUAGCCUAACUUUUUUCAAUUUUCCGGAAAUCCCUCCCCAAAAAACUCACCAAUCGCUUCUAAACACAAAAAUCAUCGAAAAUUCGAAAUUCUCCCAGUUUUCCACAUUGAAAUCCAAUUUUCCAUCAAUAUUUCGAGCUGAAAAUCAGAAAAUUUGAAUUUUUCCAAAUUUUCAGCUAUUUUUCACAGCGAAAUCUUACCAAAACUCAAAAAACCGCAAAUUUCUUCGAUAAUCCUCGGAUUUUCCGUUGAAAUCGAUAAUUUGAGCAUUGUAGAACAUCUGAAAAUUCAAUUUUUGACUGAAAUCCACUAGAAACCCGAAAACCCGGCGAAAAAAAACGAAAAAUGAAAAUUUUCCCGUGUUGCGCUAAACAGCGGGCAAGCCGGAGUGUCGUUGUAAAAGUCGCUCUAAAUUCUUGGUUUUUCUUCGUUUUCGGGUUAAAAAUAUUGAUUUUUGAGCAUUUUUCAAGUUUUGAAGUGAAAAAUCCUGAAUUUUUGAUCAAAAAUCCAUAAAAAUACAAUAUUUCAAAAACCGUGCCGCAAAAUUGCAGAAAAACCAUGCGGCGGCUUGCAAAUUGCACCGCCUUUGAUUUUUAUUCAAAAUUCUUGGUUUUUCUUCGUUUUCGGGUCAAUAUUAUUGAUUUUUGAGCAUUUUUCAAGUUCUAAAGUGAAAAAUUCAAAAUUUCCACCAAAAAUCCCAGUUUUCAAAAACCCUGCCGCAAAAUUGCAGAAAAACCAUGCGGCAUGUUGCAAAUUGCACCGCCUUUCAUUUUUGCUCAAAAUUCUUGGUUUUUCAUCGUUUUCGGGUCAAAAUUAUUGAUUUUUGAGCAUUUUUCACCUGAAAUUUCCAGAUUUUCACUCAAAAAUCUGGUUUUCCAUCAAUUUUCAUGAUUUCUGGCUCAAAAAAUCUCAAAUUUCCCCAAUUUUCAUCUUCCAGUCAACCUUCACGGCUCAGUAAUCUCAAACGGCUCCACAAAAUACGGUAUAAAUCAAGCGGGCUACGUGUUGCAUUCAGCAAUUCACGCGGCACGACCCGAAAUCUCGUGCGUCAUUCAUUUGCAUCAUCCGUCGGUUGUGGCGGUUUCGGCGCAAAAAUGCGGAUUUUUGCCGAUCUCCCAGGAAGCGCUGAUUGUCGGAAAAGUGGCUUAUCAUGAUUUUUGUGUAGGUUUUUUGAGCCGGGCUCCGAAUUUGGAGCAUUUUGAGUCUAGGGGCGAAAAUUUGCGAUUUUUUGACACCAAAUAUGCUUGGGUGAUUUUUGAUGUCAUAAAUUACGGUUUUUGCCACGUGGCAUCAUUUUUAGAGCGAAAUUUGGUAUAUUUUGAUACUAAACAGGUCUAGGGUGGUUUUGGCGCCAAAAUUUUGAAAUUCAAAAAAAUUUUUAAAAAUAAGAUUUUUUGAAUUUUCAAAUUUGGAGCCAAAAACCACCCUAGACUUGUUCAGUAUCAAAAUUUACGAAAUUUCGCUCCAAAAAUUAUUCCACGUGGCAAAAACCGUAAUUUUUGACCCCAAGCAUAUUUAGUAUUGAAAUUCCCCAAAUUUUCCAGGGAAUCCUCGUGGAUGAAGCUGAAAAAAAAUCGAUAAUCGCUGAUCUCGCUGAAAAACAUGUGAUGAUACUCAGAAAUCAUGGAUUCGUGAUUUGCGGAGUCACAAUUGAACACGCUUUUCUCCUGGCUUAUCAUUUGAUUUUGGCGUGUGAAACACAGAUUCGAUGUUGUCCGAAUGGAGAAAAUCAGCAAGUUAUUCGAACUUCGAAAGAGGCGCAAGAACAAGUGGAACAAGUGGUGAAAAUUGGAGGUUUGUGAGCUAUUUUUCUUGAUUUUUGGAGCAUUUUGAGCCCGAACAUGGUUAAUUUUUGAAUUUUGAGUUCAAAUUUGACCUGAGGAUUGAAUUUGGAGCAUUUUGAGCCCGAACACGGCUAAUUUUUGAACAUUGAGCCGAAAUUUAAAUUUAGGAUGAUUUUUGGAGCAUUUUGAGCUCAAAUUUGAAUUAGGGAAGAUUUCUGGAGCAUUUUGAUCUCAAGCAAGGCUAAUUUUUGAAUUUUGAGCCGAAAUUUAAAUUUAGGAUGAUUUUUGGAGCAUUUUGAGCUCAAAUUUGAAUUAGGGAAGAUUUCUGGAGCAUUUUGAUCUCAAGCAAGGCUAAUUUUUGAAUUUUGAGCUCAAAUUUGAAUUUUGGAUGAUUUUUGGAGCAUUUCGAGCUCAAAUUUGAAUUCAAGAAGAUUUCUGGAGAAUUUUGAGCUCAAAUUUGAAUUCAGCAAGAUUUCUGGAGAAUUUUAAGCUCAAAUUUGAAUUCAGCAAGAUUUUUGGAGCAUUUUGAGCUUAUUUUCUUGGAUUUUGGAGCAUUUUGAGCCCAAACAUGGCUAAUUUUUGAAUUUUGAGCUGAAAAACCCGAAAUUCGGAGCAUUUUGAGCUCCAUCUGACAAAAAUCCCGAAAUUAGCCUUAUCUGGGCUCAAAAUGCUCCGAAUUCCAUCAGAAAUUCAAAAAUUAAGCUCAAAAAAUAAUCCCAGGUUCAAAAAUUCCUGGUUUUGAGCUCAAAUUGCUCAAAAGAUCAAAUUUGAGCUCAAAAUGCUCCAAAAAUCAAGAAACUGAGCUCAGAAUGCUCAAAAAUCGAAAAUUGGUCAUGUUUGGGCUCAAAAUGCUCCAAAUUCCAUCACAAAUUCAAAAAUCUUCGAAUUUUCAAUUUUUCCAGGAGGCGGUGUAAAUCGAAUCGACGGAAAAGUCGAUCCGAAAAAAUGGCAAAUCGGCGAAUUGGAAUGGGAAGCUUAUAUGAGAAAUAUGGAUCGAAUUGGAUACAAAACUGGACAUCAAUACAAAAAUUGGUGA